CGCCAUACCAUUUUAUCAACAUCCGUUGUGCUGGUGACGUCACGCAACGUCAGCCGGCCGAUUGAGCUCAUAACAACAGUACAGUGGUAGAAUCCGCGCGAACUCCACGCGCUGAAAUCUUGCCAAACGGUUUCAACUGUGUGAUUCGAGAAAUUACAGCUGAUAAACGUGGAUUGAUCAUAUGAAACAGUUUUGUGCAUAAGGAUCUCUUAAAAUUUAUAAACGUAACUGAACCCAUGAGGUAGCAAUGUCUAGAUCACACUACAAGGAAUAAAUGAGUCACGGUUUUGUUGACAAUGAAAAAUUUGAAUUUUACCUUGACUGGAUUACUCGGGAACCAGUUGUCUGUUCAUCAAUUGGAACAUAAACAACUUGAUCACGCAUCAUUUUUUCAAAUAGAACCGAGCUGCGUACUCAGUGGGGCUUCUCGCAAUGGGUUAACUGUAAGAAGACUGAAUUUAGUUUCAAGUGAACAUAAACAAAACUUCAGUGUUAGUGUGUUAAGAAGUGCGUAAAAAAAUACUCUGCAGCCAUGUAUUCUAUGAACUACAUUGGCAAGUUCAUAGCGAACUUUCGCGAGUUCUACAACGAGAUCAAUGCUGCGACGCUCACCGGCGCCAUCGAUGUGGUGGUGGUGGAGCAACCUGACGGCAGUUUUACGUGCUCGCCGUUCCACGUUCGCUUCGGCAAACUAGGAGUUUUACGAUCUAGGUUUAAAGUGGUGGACUUGGAGCUAAAUGGCGAGCCUUUGAACAUCCACAUGAAGCUAGGGGAGUCCGGGGAAGCGUUCUUUGUGGAGGAGGUAGGGGAAGACGAGGCCGCGUGCUCGGCGCACCUCGCCACGUCGCCCAUACCCGCCUCGAGGUUCGAAGAGUUGUAUGAGCCGCGGCGCAGGAACUCGCUGUCGGCAGUAGAACCCGAUCAUGGACAAGCCUCUGACUAUACAAAGCGGAGAUACACAGCUGACGGACAAACUAUGCAGAAACCUAAUUUAAGCAAACUUGCAAAAAGUAACAAGGAAGAACCUUCAGUUAAUGAUAAUGCUGAACAUGACGCCCUUUUCGAAAUGGACGGGCUGGAUGAGCAAUCCGUAUCCUGGACUGACGGCCGCACUCCAAAAACCUUCGCGGCGACUGAAAUUGGCGAGGAUUGUGCCGCUCAUCAGACAGUGCAAAAGAUCAGUGCUCAUAACGAUUUCCGACCUAUCGAAUCAGUUCCUUCGAAUAUUGAUGAAAACAAGCAAAACGGCAAUGGUAAAAAGAAAAAGAAGACUAGGAAAGUGAGUUCUAAGAAGAAACAUCAACGUAAAUCCUCGACGAGUUCCAUCUCCAGCCAGUCGGACCGCGCGGGCUCCGAACACCGCGGCUCCCAGCCCACUGCCAUUCCUAACACCACCGACAUCAAUUUCUUCAGUGACACCGAGGUUAACUCCACAAUACUUAGCGGGAUGAAUAUUGAGUCGCCUGGUUGCAGCGAAGAGAUGUCCAACCUCAACCUGAGCGGCGACAACCGCAUCCCGAUGGCGUUGUCGGACACGGCAUUUGAGGUGCACGCCGCCUCCAGAAAUGCGGGCUCACGUGGUGGCACUCCCGUGCAAUCGGACACUGAAGUUGAACUGUCCCGAACCACAAGUGGGGACAAGUCUUCUCAAUCUUGGCGCUGGGGUGAACUGCCGGAGCCACCGGUUCGCGGGGCCGAAUCUCCCGCUACUCCGGAAUCCGCCCCCACCCCCACUUCCCCCGCUAGUCCCGCCGAACCCGCCUCUCCUACGGAACCUCUAAGCUCUGACGAAGAGAGGCCCGGCCGCCGCGGCGUGCUCAGCGGCAUGUUCAGAUUUAUAUCGGCGAGGGACGCCAACAGCGGGGUCACGGAGGGCGUGUACCUGGAUGAUUUGGAUAGGGGGCAGGUCGACCCGGGACUUUACUUCCCGAAACAUCACGCUGAUCAGUAUCGCGCAGUAGCGAGCAACCCGAUCCCCACGUCGUCGGGCCCCACGGAGGAGGAAUACGAGUCUGGCAACGGGCCCUCUCUGCCGCAGUCGCCGGCCUCCCUCGAGCCACCGCAACUCGACUCGGAUGACGACGAGAAACUACUCGCCAAGGGUCAAGUGGCGGUGUACGUGCGCGAGGACAUGGUGUCGCGCGCGCUGCCGUUCGAGGAGUUCUGCGCGCGCGGCGCCGCGCUGGCGGGCGAGGGCCGGCUGCUGGUGCGGCUCGGCGGCCGCCUGCUGCCGUGGCGCAGCGCCGGCCCGCUGCUGCUGUCGCUGCUGGCCUACCGCCGCCCGCUGCCCGCCCGUAUCCUCGAGUCCCUGGAGAAGUCCGACAAAGAGGAGUCCGCGGCGCGCUCGCCGUCAGCGGACAGUUCUGCCAAACCGCGCGGAUAUUACUCGUGGUGGAGUUGGCGACGCACCACCGAGGUGAAACGCGACGAGACCUCGCCAACAAAAGAACAAACGCCAAAAGAUGCUAGUAUAAUUGAGACUGACAAAGUGGAAGGAAAGCCGAGAGAUGCUCAAGUAGAUAAAAUAGUUGAAGAAGCUGUGGAAUUGACGCAAGUCGUCGAGAUCACAGAGCAAGCAACAGUGGGGGAGGAUAUACCUGCCUUGCCCGAAAGUAGCAUCCAACAGAAUAUUGAUCGUCAGGAUCAUAGUUCUUCGGAGUCCGAUCAAGAGGGGCACGUAAAGAGGCCGACACGCCGUCAUUCCACAUUCCGCAAGACACUCAGACUUUCGUCUGAACAAAUUAAAAACCUGAAUCUUCGCGAGGGCAUGAACGAGAUGGUGUUCAGCGUGACCACGGCGUACCAGGGCACCACCAAGUGCAAGUGCAACGUGUUCCGCUGGCGCUACGACGACAAGAUCGUCAUCUCCGACAUCGAUGGCACUAUCACAAAGUCAGACGUGUUGGGCCACAUUUUCCCACUCGUGGGCAAGGACUGGGCGCAGGCGGGCGUGGCGCAACUGUUUACUAAGAUCAAGAACAAUGGCUACCAGCUGCUCUAUUUGUCAGCGCGAGCCAUCGGACAGGCCAGGGUAACUCGCGAGUACCUCCGUUCGAUCAAGCAAGGCGAGCUGUGCCUGCCUGACGGGCCUUUAUUGCUGAACCCCACGUCUCUACUGCGCGCUUUCCACCGCGAGGUCAUCGAGAAGAAGCCCGAGGAGUUCAAGAUUCAGUGCCUGGCCGACAUCAAGGCUCUAUUUCCGCAGGGCUCCAAUCCUUUCUACGCUGGUUACGGGAACAGGGUUAAUGACGUUUGCGCCUACCAAGCUGUCGGCAUACCAAUCGUGAGAAUAUUCACAAUAAACUACAAAGGGGAGCUUAAACAUGAACUGACUCAAACAUUCCAAUCAACUUACCACGUGCAAAGUGACAUGGUCGAUGAUUUAUUCCCGCCACUGAAACGUGAUAACCUUCCUUAUAAAAGGUACUCUCACAUGUCAGUGAUGGUUGAUCAGGUGUUCCCUCCUGCGCUUUGCGAGCCCAGCGACGAGUACUCCAACACCGUGUACUGGAGGGAACCAUUGCCCACGGUCGACCUGCCAGCCGCUGCGCCAGCCAAUGUCAAGCACUAGAAAGCUGUCUCGAUACACAAACUAUGAUUUCUAAAAUCAUGUCACACAUAAUGCUUGUGUGAAAGUUAAUGUAGCUUGUUUGUUCUUCUAGUGUUUGUAUAACAGUUGUAAACCACGUGCAGAAUUCACCCAUUGUGCAUCAGUUGGACUAUGAUAGCAGGUGGUUCAUCGUUUGUGAUUUUCUUUAUUACAAUAUGGAUACGACACAUGAGAUGAGUAAUAAAUGUCAAAGAAUGAGUUAUUCAAUUUAAUAACAAUAUUAUAGAUGGAGCGCACAUAUCGUUAUAUGAAAGAAGUAAAAUUUUCCAUUUGAAUUUACACUGCUUAUGUUCCGUGUACAAGUUUAUUUAUACGCAUAACUGCAAUCAAUGCAAGUCCUGCAUAUCUUCACUUAAAAAUUAAAUAAAAUUAUUUUUCAUUAUAAAGUACAUUUUGUUGGUUGUACUAAAUAAACAUUGCAAUAAGAAACUUUUCUUAAUUCCACUAAGCACGAUAGUAAAAGGUUAGCGUCGUAUGUAAUUGAAUACAGUUUGGUGUGAUUAUGUGCUGUUUUUAAUGUAAAAUGAAAUUAAUGUUUCUAACAUUAGUAGAGCCUAAUUUUGUUUAGAUAGUAGUAAAAUUUAAUAAUUGUAUGUAUAUUAUGUAAACAUUCAGAUCGACUAAGUUCUACCAUCUAUGCAUUGACCAGUGGUCUAGUGUACCUACAGUGAAUAUGCUGUGAUAUAAAAUGAUCUCACAUUCACAGCAACUAGUCGAUAAAUUAUGAAGUCACUUGCGCCGUCCCGCCUCCCACCGGCGCACGGGCGAAGCGGCGCUCGAAUACAGAUUGCAAUCUACAUGACUCAUUGUAUGAAAAGUAGUUCUUUAGGAGUAUGACUCAUUUAUUACCACUUAUUUUAUCCCUUAAUGCUUUUGAUUAAAUGAGUAGAUGUGUCUAAAUAAAUAAAACAUGACAUUAUACUGCUAAAAUUAUAAUUGUAGCUGAAAUUAGUAGUAGUAUCUUCUUUUCACGUACUGGAACAGAGUCAAGCAACCAGAUCAUUAUCUUUCUAAUCUGCCUGACACCCUGUAUUUACCAUAACAUAUUAAGAACGAUUUCUAUCUGCAUGCUUAUAUACGUGAGUACGUAAAGACUGUAUGUUCCAAAGCUACAAUGACAAGUUUCAUAGAAUGUAGGCUCAUAUUGAAAUAGUUUGAGGUUUGGUUUGCCAGAAUUAUAAGCUGUGAUGUUGACUGAUAUAUCAAUGCUUUAUUUUUAUACUGUGAUUACUUGAAUGUAUGCAUAAGUGCUAAGUUAUCAUUACGCAACAUUACAUUCACAUAUAUUAUUCAUAAUUUACAUAGAGGCCUGGCCUCUUUAAGAAACCUAGUUUUGUUAAAUUUUUAUUUAAAUGAUUUUUAGAAUAUCGGAUUCGUCAAAUAUUAUUUCUUUAUGACGUAAAUUACAGAUUUGUUUACAAAGCAAAAAAAAUACAGGUCCAUGUCCUGAUUAAUUUGGUAUUUUUAUAGAGUAACUUAUUGUUUCUGUGAUUGUUUUAAUAAAAAAUAUAUAGCAGAAUA